UUUAAUGACCCGCCCUAGGGGGGGGAGGCCUUGCCUGACCUGGCAGGGGAGGGGCUGAGGAGGGGGCCGUUGGCGCUGAAAUUUGAAUUGCAGGACUCAUCCAGCCCAAUGGAGGCCUUUGAGCAGAGGCCGGCUGUCCACCCCCCCCCUUGAGUGGCGAUUCCCACCUUACAGGGGGUUGGGCUAGAUGACCGCUGGGGACCCCUCCCCAUUCCAUAUCAUUCCCUUCCUCGCAGGUGGAGCAGAACCGGACUUGGCGCCUGCAUCGCAUCCCGCCCCGAAUGGCUGGCUCCACCUACAUCAACUCCCGCAGUGUCCUGCUCCGGGUGGAGGUGCCCGGGGGUCGCUACGCCCUCCUGCCCACGACCUUUGACCCCGGCCAGAGCAGCGCCUUCCUCCUGCGGAUCUACAGCGAGCGCCCAGCCAGGCUGCGGGCCAUCAACCGCAAUGACCCCCCACCUCCACGCUGCAGCUGCUGCUCCGGAUCCCACCAGCUCAUCACCUCCGUCUGGGUUCAUCGGGCCGUGGGGCUGGCGCUCCCCAACUCCAGCAAAGCCCCAGAUGUCUACGUGAAGCUCUGCGCCGAAGGGCAGGCGGUGCGAUCCUGCCUCCACAAGGCCACCUCCAGCCCCGACUUCAACUUCAAGGCCGUCUUCUGCCGCCGGCGCCCGCGGAAGCCCAUCCGCAUCGAGGUGUGGGCCAGGCGGUUCCUGCGCAGCACCCGGCUGGGGUACGUCAAAGUCUUGGCUGCGGAGACGCCCCCAGACGCUGGCAGCGGGCAGGUGCUGCGGCUGCAAGGGGGACCCCCUGCCUGCCCUCCGGGCUCCAUCCUCGUGGAGACCUCCACCAGCUCAGACCUCCUGGCUCUGUGAGCUCGGCCAAGGAGCCCUCUGUGGGCGCCAGGGAGUGCAUUGGGUGACCGCCUAGGGGUGGGCGCACCCUUUCCCCGGAGGCCCCCUCUCCCGAAGAAUGUGGAGCUGUCGGCACACAGGCAAGGACCACCGUCCUUCUGCUCAAGACGAAGAAGCCGUACUGCUUGUUGUCAUUUAUUUCCGCAGAAGUUUCAUUUUAUAACGUGUACGUAAAACGGAGAGAACGGUUGCAGCAGCCGUGGGAAACGAAAUGGUGAAAGAGGCACAUGGGACGCGUCUGGUUGCGCACGGGUGGAAAUGGAAGGAAAUUCUUGCCGUGGAUUUCUGUCCUGACGAGGUCCAAGGAAAGGCAGUUGAUUGUCAAGUCCAGUUACCGGGACUUGUCCACCACCUUCCGAGGGAGACUGUUCCCCUCUUGGAUGCCGCAAACGGAAAAGGGAAACUAUAAACAUUGACAAAACCUCUCUUUGCUGGGCACCAGGAAUGUAGCCAUGAAGCUUUGAGCUUCUGGAACUUCUAUUUGCUGCUUUCAAAUGCUGGUGGAGAAUUGUGGCGCACUUCAAAUUUUAUAUUCUGCUUUAAUAAAGUCUUCUAAACCCAGCAGGAUCUGUAAAAACCCAGCUACACCUACAGUGUACAGAGUAGAAAAUUAACAGAGUUUGAACCUAGGGAGGAUGUUGGCUUUGUGGCUGGGAGGCUGGAGAGCGGCUGGCUGGGGGCAGGGU